AUGAACUGGGCUAUGCUGACAGUUCAGUUUGCAUUUUCAGAACACACUAUUUCCCCUUCCAGUGUAUUGAGCAACCUGGGUUUGUCUUCCCAUGCCAGUUCAAAAUGUGAGAAUUUCCCUUCUCAAGGGUUCUUUCCCAGCACUGCUUCCUCAAAACAGAUAUGUUGUGAGGCAACUGUUAAGCUAGAAGCAUUUACUGGAUUGAUAAACUGCUUGUGGCCUAGGUAUAGAAGUACAGACUUUGUGAAGAGGCUGUUUGAGACUAAGGCAGGUGGCUUGGGUUUUAUAUUGCAGCAGUUGCUAUUGGGAUUUUGUUUUGUUCACCUCAUUUACAAAAUUGAGAUACAUUCAAUAAAGUUUUGUAUGGAACUUUUUUUUUGGUAA